CCUUUGCCUCGGCAUGUCAGGUGUAUGGAAGCCGAAAGUGGUCAGACAUAUUUGUUCUCCAAAAAGGCAAAUAUGUUUUAAAGUCUUAUGAAAGGGAGGAUCGAAUGUGGAGUGUAAGUACUGUUGGAAAAGCAUAGUUUGUGUCUGCUGAUUACGAAGUAAAAGUUAUUAACUGAAUUAUUUAUUUGAACUUCUGCUUCUGCUUAUGUUCUACUUUUGGAGACUUUCAAUCUAAAACGUUCAUUGCUGUGUCACCAGUAAGAAAAAAAGACACCUUCUAUACUUUAACCACUAGUACUUGGUGCUAUACUAUGUGUGGUGCAAUAAAGAGGAGGUUUUUGCUGCUCUAUGGCACACAACAAGGGCAGGCUAAAGCAAUUGCUGAGGAAAUAGGACAGCAGGCAGAUCAGCAUGGAUUUGUUGCUGAUAUUCAUUCACUGAAAGAUGUGAAUAAGUUCAAUUUGGAGAAAGAAAAGGACCCUGUUGUUGUUGUUGUCUCUACAACAGGCACUGGAGACCCUCCUGAUGAAGCCUUAAAGUUUGUGAAGAAAAUCAAGAACAAGGAGUUAACAGAAGAUCAUUUUGCUCAUGUGAGAUAUGGGUUACUAGCCUUAGGAGACUCUGAGUAUACAUACUUUUGUAACGGAGGGAAGAUCAUUGACCAGAGACUUCAGGAGUUGGGUGCAAAACAGUUUUAUGGAACUGGUUAUGCAGAUGACUAUAUAGGCUUGGAAGUGGUGGUUGAUCCUUGGAUCGAAGGCCUGUGGGUUGCAUUGAAGAAAGAAAUUGCAUUAAGAACAGAUAGUCAAGAAAUGGAUACACAUACCAGGGACUUGACUAAUGUUGACCGAAAACCACCUGAUGUACCUGGAAAUCUGGAUUUGGAAAUACAGACCUUAAACCUUGAAACAUCCGUACUUUCAAACGGUUCAUUAAACCAAGAUGUUCAGUUAGAGACAUCUAAGGCCGCUGAGCCUUCUCUUGUCCACUCAGUUUCCUCUCUUUCUCAGUGUAGCCUUAAUGUGCCAGCUCUUUCCCCUCCAUUCCUUGAUGUCUUUAUUUCAGAUUGUGAAGAACAGGAGGUUGAUCCAUCUUCACUUUAUUCAGAACACAAGGUUUUCACAGUUCCUAUAACUCAUGCCGAGAAACUAACUGCAGAGGAUGCUAAGAAAACCACCUUGAUGUUGGAGCUUGAUAUUUCAAACAGUGACAUUCAAUUACAGCCUGGGGAUUAUUUUUCGAUUAUUUGCCCAAAUCCUUCCUCUGAAGUUAAUGAACUACUUAUGAAAUUAGGACUCUCAGAAAAGAGGAAAAUCUCAUUAGGAAUUAAGUCUGAUACAAAAAAAAGAGGUGCCUCAUUACCCAGUUAUAUCCCUGAGAAGUGUUCCUUGCAAUUUAUGCUUACGUGGUGCCUUGAAAUUAGAUCUGUGCCUAAAAAAGCAUUUUUGCGUUCUUUGGUUGAGCACACCUCUGAUUCUGCGGAAAAGCGCAGACUACAAGAACUAUGCAGCAAACAAGGCAGUUCAGAUUAUAACCAAUUUGUGAGAGAUCGUGCCAUUGGCAUUUUAGAUCUCCUUGCUGCUUUUCCAAGUUGCAAGCCACCACUAAAUCUUUUGAUUGAACAUCUUCCUAAAUUACAAGCCAGACCUUAUUCAGCUGCCAGUUCAAACCUAUUUCAUCCUGGAAAGCUUCGAUUUGUUUUUAAUGUGGUUCAUUUGUCAAGCUGCUCAGAAAGACCUGUACCCAGAAAAGGUGUAUGCACCGGUUGGCUCUCUGAACUUGUGCACCCAAUGUAUUAUGUGAAAUCUGCACAGUUGCCAGAGGGAGAUCUGACAAGCGAGACGAUGUUAAUUCCACAGAUAUCCAUUUUUGCCCGACCUUCCACAUCCUUCCAGCUGCCAACAGAUACAUCUGCUCCAGUUAUAAUGGUGGGACCAGGGACAGGCAUAGCACCAUUUAUUGGAUUCUUGCAACACAGAAUGAAGCUCAAGGAAGUGAAGAAUGGAUUUAAAUUUGGGGAUACCUGGUUAUUUUUCGGUUGUCGCCACCAUGACAAAGACUACCUCUUUAGAGAAGAGCUAAGUAAUUUUGUUGAGAAUGGCGUGUUAACUUGCCUAAAAGUAUGCUUCUCUAGAGAUUCUCAUGGCAACACUGAUGAAUUAACUCCACGGUAUGUUCAGGACCUUCUUAAAAUAUGCUCCCAAGAUAUUGUAAGAAUCCUGACAAAGGAAAAUGGUCACCUCUUCGUUUGUGGAGAUGCUAAAAAUAUGGCCAAAGAUGUGAAUGAAGCAUUAGCUGAUAUAUUAAGCUUGGAGCUUGGUGUUGACAAACUAGAAGCAAUGAAAACCCUUGCCGCAUUAAGAGAACAUAAGCGGUAUUUGCAAGAUGUCUGGAGCUGAAUUUUAAAGAUAACCUCAAAUCAUGACUUAAAGGGAUUUUAGUAUAUUAAAUACAACUCUUCAUUAAUGAAACUUGACAACACAAUUCUGGUAGCUUAAAGUGUUGAUUAUCAGUUUAUGUUACAUGAGAAUAUUCUUUGGUAUUCAACUGUAUUGUGCUUUUUGGUUUAGUUAUUACAGUUGUUGUGUAGGCUGUUUUCGAAGAGGCUUUGUUAAUGUCGGAAAAAUACAAGUAAUUGCUGUUAAGUCAUUAUUCAUUACACUGGGAUGCUGGGAUAUACUGCCUCUGUGGACCUUCAUCAGAGUCGCAUAAUUAUUCCAUGCUAUAGAUUUAUACAUGCCAUUUAUUGAAAAAGGAUUAUGUCUUGCCAGCUUUAGAGAUAUGAGAAAAAGAACGCAGUCUCAGGAGUAGUAAAUGAAUAUUCAGGAUAAAGUAUUUUCUCUGGAAGUAAAAUCAACAAAAUAAUAAAUUGUCUUUCAGAAGAUGAUUUUAAUAAGACUAAAUCGGAUAUCAUCUAUAUAUCAACAUUUAGCAAGUGGACUAUCAUAAUAACAUUUAUUGGCUUAUUCACUUAUCUGUGAGUUGUAGUGAGUGGGCAAAUUAUUAUUUUAAUCUUCUGAAUAUUUUAUCUAUGCAUUAUGCUUGUUACGUGGCCUAUAAAAGAAUGAAUGAGUGGAUCAGUUGAAAUGUAAUCAUUUAUCACACAUUCCUUGGUCUUACUGCAUAGAAAGCUUUAGACCCUGCAUCAUUUUCUAAUCUAUGCUAAGUGCAUAUGGAAUUGCUGCACUCACAGCCACGCUGCCCCCAGAUUAUGUGAAUUGCAUACCACUGUUUCUAGGGUGUGGCUGCAUGUUAGUGGUUACAAGCGUCUACCAUGAUGUCUACCUCAUGACACUAUUGCUGCUAUCCCAACUGAAUAACCGUAAAGCAAGCAAAGUCAAAAUAAUAUAACACUACAUUUCUUUCUCUAUAUAGGUUUCUUGGCAAAUUAACUAGCGAAGAGUUAUUGUUUUUUCUCUUCAUAUUUCUUUAAAUAUAUUUUUCUUUAUUAAAUAUUUCAAUGUCCUGCAGUAUUUAAUUAAAGAAAAUCUUUAGCAUAAUAGUUGAAUAUUGCAGUCUGUUAUCAGAGCGGUGAAUGGUAGCUCUCUGCUAUGAGUUGAGUACGGUAUUUAGUAGAUAAUUCUCCUGUUUUUUUUUUUUGUGAUAGGAUAGAGAGGUAUUGUAUGUCCCUCAUCCAUCCCAUUUACACACACAUACACACACACACACACACACACAAUAAAUAUACAUAUAUACACAUACAUACAUACAUACAUACAUACACAUGUGUAUAUAUAGCAUAUAAAUAUAUCACACACAUACCCUAGUCAGUCACAUCUGUAUCAAUCACACUGGUCUAUUUUUAUCACUUUAUUACUUUUGCGUACACAUUUUUCUCCCUUUUCACAUAAAUCAAAGGUCAAUUUAUACUCCUCAUUUUCUGAGUUUAGUUAGAAAUUCCAAUAUCUUGUAUUGCUUGCUUUUAUGCAUUUAUCAUCCACUGUAAUAAUGCGUGGAAGUAGAUGCUGCUGAUAUAAGCAGUUUGAAUACAUUGUGUCCCAACUGCACGGUAACUGGCAGAAAUAUUACUACCACUUCUAAAAUCCCAGAAGAGCAAUCAGAUCCUAUUCUGCACUCCUUGAUAGUGAAUGAUUGAUUAGUUACUAUACUAUGAAAAGGACAUAAUAAAAUACAAAUGUUGAUGGUGAAAUAUUUUCAUUUUUCUGCAAAGAUGCCAAUUUUAAGUCUCACCAGAUAUGUAGGAAUGGUCAGUACUGUGUCACUCAAACCUAGUCAUUUUUGAAGACCGCCAUAAAACAUAUGGGAAGUAUAAUCAAAAUAAACUGCACAGCAGUCACAUUAGGUUUGGUCACAAGCUGCCUUUUGUUGUUAAAUGUUCUUUUUUUUCCCCAGAACUGUGACAGCCAGAAUGUCCGUUCAGUUUUAUGUUUAAUAUAUUUUUAUGACUUUGUUAUGAUUUUGCCUUAUCUUUCAAUUUGAAGGAGUG